AUGACUGGCGAUCUCACAUUUCACACCCCCGGACAGCCGGAUAGCAUGGAAGCGACACAUGCGCGGCUCGCAUUCGACGAUCAAAUCGAAGCGUCUUUAUCAUCCGAUCUCAACGUCAUCAUCCACACAGGAGGCGACUUGACAAAAAAUGCCAGCGACUGCGGUUUGUUUCGCCAGCUUCGACUCUCGGCGCGGGACACGGCGGCCGGGGGCGCGUUUUGGGAGUGGCCGCUGCCGCAGUCGCUCUCGCUGCAGGUCGGCAGCGACGGCAUCAUCGGGCGGCGCGUCUCCGUCUACGCGGAUGAAGGGAGGGAGAGCGAUGGCGCGGUGCUUGCAGAGGGCAUUGUGGGAUUCAACAGCUGGGCGGCCGAGCGGGCUUCUUUAUAA